GCUGCACAACUACAAGUGCACUCGCACGAUUUGUUUUCGUGAGUGCAGAGUUCGCUCUACGCCGCAUUUAUUAAUUGAUUGAUUAAACGCGGUUAACCAUAAAAGGAUAUUUAUGUUAUUCUUAAUAAAAUACAAAUUAUAACUGUUGGUCACGUGGCAAACGUAAUAAGAACAGCUGUUUACAGUGCAAAAACUAAUCUUAAAUCAGUGCAAGCAAACACACACACAUUUAUAUAUAAAGUACUCGGCUAGUGGAAAGGGCGCAACAAUUGAAUAAGCAGAACAAAAGCAACACAACAAGGAGAAACGCACACAAGCGCGAGUGCAGGGAUAGAGAAGAAAGAACGAAAUAAUCGAAGAGGAACAACAACAAGUAAAAUGACGGACGAAUGGAAAAUUAGAUCCUUUGGCUCUCUCGACCUUGACAGCGGCAAAAUAAACAACAAUGCUGAUACCAUCGACGCAAAAGGAGAAGCCAGCACAAAUUCUGUGCGAAGCGGUGGUGCAGCCAAUGCCGUCGCAGCCCCAAUAAAUAAAUAUGUCGCUCGUAUGACCACCGACCGAUACGCCAAGGAAUAUAAUAUGAAUCAUAAGCACCGGGGACAGGCCCUCAUCUUCAAUCACGAACAUUUCACUAUACCCUAUCUGUCAACGCGUCGCGGCACCAAUGUGGACAGCGAACAGCUAACCAAGGCCUUGGAACGUCUAGGUUUCGAGGUGAGUGUCCACAAGGAUUGCAUCCUGAGCGAGAUUCUCAAUGUUGUGAGCAAGGCCGCUGCAAAGGAUCACACUGACAACGAUUGCAUAGUGAUUGCGGUGAUGUCCCAUGGCGAGCACGGUCACCUCUAUGCCAAAGAUGUGCAGUACAGGCUGGACAGCAUCUGGACCUAUUUUACCGCCAACAAUUGCCCCACGCUAGCUGGAAAGCCGAAGUUAUUCUUCAUACAGGCCUGUCAGGGUGAUAAACUGGAUCCGGGCACGACCAUGGUGAAGGAAACUGAAACGGAUGGCGAUUCCUCGACGAGCUACAAAAUACCUACACAUGCCGACUUUCUAUUCUCAUAUUCAACAAUACCAGGAUACUUUUCGUGGCGCAACACUGAUAACGGCUCAUGGUACAUACAGUCGCUCAUAAAGGAGCUCAAUGAAAAUGGCAAGGAGUACAAUAUGCUCACAUUGCUGACUUUUGUUAGCCAACGUGUGGCGGUGGAUUACGAAUCGAACGUGCCAUCGAAUCCGUUGAUGGAUCGUCAGAAGCAAAUUCCAUGUGUGACGUCAAUGUUGACGCGCAUUUUGCGCUUUAAUGACAAACCCCCUUACAGCCAGGCCGGCUAACAACCGCCGCUGAUUGACUUACACAACAAAUUCCAAUUAAGAUUAAGUUGCAAUUAUUGGGUAGAACCAUGCCAUCUUCCAUUAUUUUCAGAAUCAUAUUUAUAGAUUAAGCAACACAAACAUAUGAAUAGAUAAGCGAACCAAGAAACGUAUAUAUUUGAUAUGCAAACAUAAAUAAAAUGAAAGACGAAAACUGAAGUAUAA